CGAGGCAAGUUAUCUCGAGCAAUAAGUGGCAGACGUAGAGGUAGUGGCCGGCACUAAAACGUCCAAGUUUCUAAUGUUUUGCUAGCCUUAAUCUCAAACAUGAAGCCGAACGAGCUACUUAUUUUUCAACUCCUCGCGGUGCUUUCUCUGGCUCAGGCCGUCCGGCAGAAGUUCCCCGUCCAGUGCUUCCAGUGCAGCUGGGACGCAGAGGUGGAGAUGGACGAGGAGCGACGCGAACAUCUCGAAACGCAGAUGAAGAAGAUCGAGGACCCCGAAGGCCUGCAGGGACCUCUGAAGCCUCCCUUCUUGGGCAUCAACAACUUCGCGGAAAUGCCAUCAAGGGACCAGCUGGCGCUGCAGUGUAAAAACUGCACCAAGGUGGACGGCACCUGCGCGCGAUGGACCUACUACACCAACGAGCAACCCCGAAACGUGACGUGGCUGUGCGUGAACUCCGUGGAAGUGGGCUGCUUUGUGGAGAAGCUUCCCAACCAACUCAGGAAAGAAGUCUGUCUGUGCAAGGACCAGGACUAUUGCAACGGAGCUGGAACACUUCUGCCGCCGGCGCAGCUUCUUCUGGCGAUGUUUCUACUGCUGGGACUUGUUGCGGCAGCACGUUAACACGUCACACGUGGCCAUUUUACGACAACGCAACGAUUCUACCAAAUUGAACACCCUAACAAACGUACCCGUAGCACGACAGUAGUCACUGACAAAAUGAAAACGGCAGGGAUGUCCUUCGAGUGUUCGGCCUCCAGCGUGAGCUUUCAGCCUUCAAUAACGCUUCGGCACUUUGGGAGACAAGAGCGUUCAAGAGGAGCCUAAACACUGCGGAAGACAGCGAGCGCACGCUGAAGGACGGGCGUUCACAAAGAGACGAACUGCUUUUUUUUACAGCGAUGCAGCGAAGAUGUUUAUGGCUAGGGUUUCGUGGAUUUUUCGUGUGCCUGAGCAAACACUUUACGCUUGUUCCGCCGCACGCGCCGUACGCGCACGCCUUUCCCGUAUAAAAGAUUCGAAGUAAAUACCCAAAAUAAAGCGUUGACGAACGCGCGUGCAAGAUACCAUUUCUUUUAGGAUUUUACUUUAGAACAGUUACUGCUGCAGACGCCGACACGUGCAGCACGUGGAACAUCAUUCCCUGCAUUACCCUGGAUGAUUGGGUAGUUUAUCAAUAGGUCUAUUGAGUAGAUUAGUUAUCAAAAGGCACCAUUUUCAAGAUCAGUAGGCUCUCGGGUUGAUAAUAAAGGUUUCUGGAAGAUUG